AUGAUAAAAAUUGAAGCCCCUUAUUUCCAAAGGCUUUAUGUGUGUUUGGAUGCCUACAGAAAAGACUUUCUAGCUAGAUGUAGACCUAUCAUAGGUGUUUAUGAGUGUCAUUUGAAGGGCAUAUUCCAAGGGCAAUUUCUUGUGGUAGUAGGUAUUAAUGCAAAUUACAAUAUCUACCCAAUUGCUUAUGUUGUGGCUAAGUUGGAGACCAAAGAAACAUGGUGUUGGUUCCUUCAAUUGCUUAUUGAGGAUUUGGGUCUUGUUAGUGUACAUGGAUUAGAUGUUGCAUUUGAUUUAGUUGUGCCUAAAGCAGCACAUAGUUGGUGUGUCAGACAUCUUUAUGGGAAUUUCAAGACAUUGCAUAAGGGAAAAGUUUUGAAAGAUUUGUUAUGGAAUGCUGCCAAAGCACCAAAUGUGGCUGAGUUUGAGUGUGAGAUGAACAAGAUGAAGGAAUUAGAGAGUGGUGAAGCUGCACAUGAUUGUUGA